CUCGGAGUUGAACGGAUAUUUUUUUGGAAUUCCCUUGAAAAUUUACAGUUCCAUUUUUGAGAUAAUUUCGUUUUUGAACGCCAGCUGUCUAUGGUGAGAUAUAUUUCAGUAUAGUGAUUUUGACACUUAUAUUUUGUGCGAAGGAAAGUUGGCUUCGUGUGGUGAAGUGUGAAAACUGAAGAAUUUCACGUUUUAUACCUGUCCGGAUUAUCGUUGAUUUUCCUGUGUUCCGUUGUUCAUUUCCGCCUUCUCCAGAUUAAGGCAGGAGAUGUGAUGCUUUCUUCCUCAAGUGGAGCCUCUCCGUUAGGUUCCUGAUUGUGAGCUAAUUCGUCUUUGAAACUAUAAGACAAAAUUUAUCUUGAGGAGAGAGGUCGAUUAUUCCUCAUAUCCUGGUUACCGGUGACUUCUUGACAGAAUUCCUUUGAAUAACAAUAACGAAGGAUAAAACAAAACACGAAAGAAAUGGACAUUGACAAGGUAUACUCUAAAGGAGGUGAAGAAGACGAGAAUACUGAUAUUGAAAGCAAUAUAUCAGCCGUCUUCGAAAAUGGGACAAUAUUCCUCACUGGAGCAACUGGAUUUCUUGGGAAGAUGUUCUUGGAAAAACUACUUAGAUCAAGUCCAAAACUGAGGAGGAUAUACAUGUUGAUUAGACCGAAAAAAGGCAAAGAUGUGGAGGAGAGAUUGGAUGAAAUUUUUGACGGCCCUAACAUGGAGCCGUUGAAGAGAAAGUACCCCAGGUUCAUAGAAAAAGUGUCGAUAGUCAACGGAGAUUGCUCUCUACCAGAUCUUGGUAUGGACGAAGACUGCAAAAACAAGCUCAUCAGGGAAACCAACUUCAUCAUCCAUUGUGCAGCCACUGUCAAUUUCGACGAGAAGCUCAGAACUGCAGCCCACAUCAACGUCAGAGUGGUCAGAGAUCUCGUCACCAUAGCCAAACAAAUGAAAGACUUGAAGGCUUUUCUUCAUGUAUCCACCGCUUUCAGCCAUUGUAUCAGGAGUGAUAUAGGUGAGAAGUGCUAUGAGGCUGGAAUGGCAGCCGACAAACUCUUGGAUUUCGUUGAAGAGAUAGAUGAAGAUAGACUGACCAAAAUGACACCAAUACUUUUGGGCGAAUGGCCAAAUACUUACGUGUUCACUAAGGCUAUAGCUGAAAACUUGGUCGCCCAAGAAUUUGAAAAAAUGCCUAUAGCCAUCAUUCGUCCUGGGAUAGUAAUUGCUGCUGUGGAUGAACCUGUGAAAGGUUGGAUCGACAAUUAUUAUGGACCCACGGGUUCGAUAAUAGCCGCUGCUUUAGGUUGGCUGAGGACGAUGCAGGGAAGAGACAAGAACGUUACAGACCUUGUUCCUGCUGAUUAUGUCAUAAACGCUGGUUUAGCAGUUAUUUGGGAUACAGUCACUAAGAGAAAAAAUCGUCUUCUAAUUCCACCUGACGACACUGAAGAGCCUAUAUUCAACAUUGUCAGUUCACCGGAGGCACCCGUCACUUGGAAAGAAUUUAUGAAAUUGAACGUGAAUCACGCAUUCCAUGUACCAGUCACAGAGCAAAUUUGGCACAAUACUUUUUUAAUGAGGGAAGGACGUCUGCAUGCAUUGUUAGCAUGUUUCUUUCUCCAUACAUUUCCAGCUUAUUUGAUUGAUUUUAUUUGUAUAUGUAUAGGAAGGCAACCCAAGAUGGUUAAAGGGUACCAGAAAAUAAACAAAUUCUGUGAAGUGAUGACCUAUUUCGCCCUCAGGGAAUGGAAGUUUUUUAACAACAAUAUACAGGACUUAUGGAGAAGAAUGGACCCAGGAGAUAAGCAACAGUAUCCCUUCAGCAUGGAAAAUUUCGAUUGGGAUACUUAUUUCCGCUAUUACGUAAGAGGUACAAGAGUUUACCUUUUGAAAGACCCUCUGGAGACAGUCCCCAAAGGCCGGGUGUUAUAUUGGAAGCUUUUCUUCGCGCACUACGCCCUCACUGCUAUCUUGCUCUUGAUCUUUUUCAAGAUUUUGUACUUGUUGUGUUCUUGUAUAUUUUGAAGUGAACGUGAUUGAGCUGUCGAUUGAAUAUGUUGUUAUAUUUGUUGGCAUAUUUAUGUUAUUGUAGGUGUAUAUUGAAAAAUAAUAAGAAAAU